AUGGCACUAGUUGGAGGCAGUGUUGCCGACCAAGAUCCCUGCCUAAUUAAGGGAACAACUCUUGGUGGUGACCAUGGUACCGAGUUCAAUGACCUUUCAAAAUUGACUCGUCAUACAAAGAUCACUUCAAUUGAAGGGCGUUCGGGGGAACGAGUCGAUGCAGUUGGUCUUUGUCAGGCCGAUGAAUCUUGUACUCUUCACGGCGGAAAUGGAGGGGCUCCCAGCUCACGGCCACUUGGUCCCGGUGAACUAAUUACCAAAAUGGAAGUCCACCAGAUUAAGGACAAAGGACACACGAAAGUCGCUUUUAUCAAAUUUGAUUACACAGCAACAAGUGGAGAAGCGCGGGAAUUUCAGUUAGGGAAUCCAAUUCCUAAAACUGCUCCCGAAAACCAACGAGCUGUCUUUAUAUCCCCGGCUGGUGGUCAUCUUGUUGGCUUGCUUGGAAAAGCAGGUAAUGCUAUAGAUCGAAUUGGUGCUAUUUGGGUUGACGUUGGUUGUGUAAACAAAUCAGAGGAAGCGAACAACCCUUCGACCGCUCCAACCCCGGUCCCAGGAAAUCAAGGAAACACUCCGGUCCCAGGGAAUGCCCCGGUUUCAGGGAACACUCCGGUUCCAGGGAAUGCCCCGGUUUCAGGGAACACUCCGGUCCCAGGGAAUGCCCCGGUUUCAGGGAACACUCCGGUUCCAGAGAAUGCCAUGGUUUCAGGGAACACUCCGGUCCCAGGGAAUGCCCCGAUUUCAGAGAAUGCCCCGCCCCAAACUGAACUCAACUUUGACUUCCGAAAUGCCAAAGGCGUCAGACUUGGCCUCAACGGUGCCCUUUACGAUCGAUUUGGUAAUAUCGUAGGCUACAACAGCUAUCAAGGUGGUGGCUACAUUGGAGGCGGCGAAGGUGGGAACAGUUUCUUUGGUGGAGGCGGCAGAGGCGGAAACGGUUUCUUUAAUAGAGGCGGUGGCGGUGGCUUCAGUGGAGGUGGCGGUGUCGGUGGAGGUGGCGGUGGCUUCAAUGGCUACAAUGGAAACGAAUACUAUAGCGGUAUGGGCACUGGCCGAGACGAUGGCUAUGGCCGAGACAAUGGCCGAAGCGAUGGCGGUGGCCGAGACGAUGACAAUGGCCGAGACGAUGACAAUGGCCGAGGCGAAGGCGAUGGACGAGACGAUGACAGUGGCCAAGGCAAUGACAAAAAAGAAUACAACAACAAAGAAGGCAGUGGCAAAGAAGAAGGCGGUGGUAAAGAAGAAGUCAACAAAGAAGGCGAUGAUAACGGCGAAAAGAAGGGCGAGGAGAACUCAAAGGACCAAUAA